AUGGAAACUGACUUUCAAAACGCGACCUACGCGGUCAACGCAACGGUCAGCGAUUGGAUGUUCAUAUACCCCAACACCACGCGUUUCAGCACCAAUGACAGCUCCAGUGGUCCUCCACCAACGUCCGCUUCUCCCCCAUCAACGGGCUUCACUGUUGGCUUGCCGAUGAUCAUGGGUGUCCUGGCCGUGGUGGGAACAACUCUGAACGGUACAGUCAUUUUCGCUGUGGGGUUUCACAAAAAGCUCCGGACUGCCACCAGCUGGUUCGUCGCAAAUCUAGCGGCUGGAGAUCUCCUGGAGACGGCUGUCUACCUGCCGUUCGGCGUGUACACGGCCACCACCCGCCGGAUUCCGUUCCACGACGCCGUGUGUACCGCGCUCGGCACCAUCGGCAUCUCCAACAAGUUCACUUCGCUGUCCUGCAUGGCGCUCAUCGCCUUUCACCGCUACAUGCUCAUCACCAAGGCUAAGUCUACCUACAAGGCCUUCUUCACCACCAGAAACAACGUUCUGAUCGUUCUGCUGGCCUGGGUCGUGUCCUGGACGGCCUCCAUCCCCUUCAUUCUCGGUUACGGCUUCCUCGGUAUGCAGAAGACCAUGUCGGCCAGUAUUUGUGUCGCGACGACGGGGCCUUUCGUGGGGACCCGUGCGGUGAUCGGGACACUGUACGCCCUGCCUGUCCUCACCAUGCUGUACAGCUACACCGCAAUCUAUCGGCACGUGAAAAACGCUUCGUACAAUCCAGACAACCCCUGUAUUCAGAACCAUGGAAAGAAAAAUCUGGUCAAAGUGGCUAAAAACCUGGCAGUUCUGGCGUGCGUGUUUUGUGUGUUAGUGGGACCAUCCUGCGUACUUCUGUCGUCGGGUAUGGCCUGGCCUGGCCCUGUUAACGCUCUAGUGUGGACUAUGUACUAUGCCAACUGCUGUAUCAACGCGUUUCUUCAUAUCAGGAAGAACUCGGAUUUCAAGCAGGCCUGCCGGAAGAUGCUGUUCUGUCGCCUACCGGAGGAAGACCAAAGUGAAGAUGUUCCUAGACAGGCAAUAUUGGAUCCAGCCAUCGGCCGUAGGGUUCAAUCAGGCCCCAGUCGACGUUUGACCGCCAAACGUUUACAGCUAUACCGUCUCGAGCCAAGAGAGCCAUGUGAGUUACCUAGUGUGUCAACGUAGAUACCUAGUGUGUUACCUUGUUACCUCUAG